AUGUCUCAGGACCGUCCUUGCAAACGCUGCAUCAAGAGAAACAUCGGACACCUGUGUCAUGAUGAACCAAGAGAAGGCCACGGAUACCACAAGAAGUCCAAAGCCGACUCAAACGCCGCGGCGGUGGUGGAGGAGCCAUCCUCCCCCAAAGAUGAAUACGCCACGGCACCAAACUUGCCAGGUCCCGUGCUGAUUGAUGAAUCCGGUCACAGUCUCCUGCAAGAAGACAAUAUCGGACUGAGACCGCCCACAAAUGACACCAUAUCUGUCUCUAAUCAAAGCGCCGCGACUCAGAAUCCAGGGCUGAAUGGCAAUGCUCAAGCUCAUUUUGGAUAUAAUGACCCGUGGCUCGGAGUGCAGAAUCGGUUUCACGACAUGCACGCUUUCCAUCCUCAUUACAUGUUCAAUGCAAACGAAGUGACCGAUGAAUACAAUCUGUUGAACGAUUUUCUCAGCAACAGCCUUUUUGAAGAGACGGGAAUGUAUUCCACGGAAGAAUUCCAGGGUCCUUUCAAUGACCCCUCCUUCAUGAACUCAAUGGCGGUAUCUUCCCUUCCAGGACCAGGAACUGAGGCCGUGCUCACACAGGAUCAAACGCACAAUGGACAAGCCACGAACCAAAAUAAUGCCGCCCAUGCCGCUAUGAUAUCAAGGCCAUCUAGUAGUGUGAAGACCGCAUCCGACAAGAUGCGGGAGAAGUAUUACAUGAUGGCAGCUGAUCCUACUGGUGCCGAACCGCCCGAAGAACGCAUGAACAAACUGCUCAAGGCCAAAUACGAUGCUGGAAUGCUUCGCCCCUUCAACUACGUCAAUGGAUAUGCCCGUCUCAACAAGUACAUGGAGAAGCAUAUGAAACAAUCUUCUCGUCACAAAAUUCUGAUGCAGCUAGAUCAAUUCAGGCCCAAAUUCAGAGAGCGAAUGCAUAGCUUGACCGAUAUUGAGCUUGUUCUGGUUGAGAUGUGGUUUGAGAGAAGUUUGAUGGAGUAUGAUAGAAUCUUUGCCAGCAUGGCUAUCCCUGCAUGCUGCUGGAGAAGAACUGGAGAGAUCUUCAGAGGGAACAAAGAGAUGGCCGAGCUGAUCAAAGUUCCCAUUGAAUCACUCCGUGAUGGCAAACUCGCCAUCCAUGAGAUCAUUGUCGAAGAUCAACUCGUCAGCUACUGGGAGAAGUUCUGUGCCAUCUGCUUUGAUCAGCAACAGAAAGCCAUGCUCACCAGCUGUACCCUACGCAGUCCAACAGCAGGUGCUGAUGCUGCUGAGAUUCCAUGUUGCUUCUCUUUCACCAUCCGGAGAGACAACCACAACAUACCGUCGUUGAUUGUUGGCAAUUUCUUGCCAAUGAACCCUGGGAAGCAUUGA